ACAUUAGGUUGGCUAGAUCGUUAUGGCUGUAACAACAAUGGAAACGUUCUCAAUUGGCGAUUACGUAGUUUUUGCCACGAUGUUGGCUGUUUCUACAAUCAUUGGAUUAUACUUUGCAAUUCGGGAUCGUCGAAAGAAAAACACCGAAGAAUAUUUACUUGCCGGAAGGUCGAUGAAUCCUAUUCCUGUGGCGUUUUCACUUUCAGUAAGCUUUAUGUCCGCCGUGACAGUUCUUGGCACACCGGUUGAAGUAUAUAGGUUUGGUACAAUGUAUGCUUGGCUUAUUCUUGGAAUGCUGAUCGCAUUGAUUGUCACCUCAGAAGUGUAUAUUCCUGUGUUUUACAACAUGGGGCUUACUACCGUAUACGAGUAUCUUGAAAAAAGGUUCAACAGAGCCGUGCGCCUCACCGCGACUUUCUUGUUCAUGGUCCAGACAAUACUGUACGGUGGGGUCGUCAUUUAUGCUCCGUCUCUUGCUCUAAGUAGUGUAACUGGUUUUAACUUGUGGGCAUCUGUCGUAUCAACUGGAGCCGUGUGCAUCUUAUACAGCUGUUUGGGUGGAUUGAAAGGCGUAAUAUGGACAGAUGCAUUACAAGCCGUGGUAAUGUUGGUCGGAUUUAUUUCCAUUCUUAUCCAAGGAUCCAUUAAGCUCGGUGGAUUUUCAAACGCUUGGAAUCUUAGUAAGAUGGGUGGGAGAAUAGAAUUCGGAAACUUCGAUACGGACCCAAGAGUUCGACACAGCUUUUGGUCAAUGAAUGUUGGAUCUACCAUAACUAUACUUGGACUUUACGCAGUAAAUCAGUCUCAAGUUCAACGCUAUUUAUCAUGUAGAUCUACAAAAGACGCAAAAAAAGCUGCCCUUUUAAAUUGGAUAGGCUUGUUGUUACUCAACGGUCUUGCAAUCAUGACUGGCAUUGUUCUUUAUGCUUACUACAAAGAUUGUGACCCUUUGACUACAGGACAAGUUCAAAAUAAAGACGCGCUUCUACCAGCUAUGGUUCUUGAAAUAUUCAAAGACAAUCCAGGUAUGCCUGGUGUUUUCCUUUCAAGCGUAUUCUCUGGAAGCCUCAGCACCGUCUCUACCGCAAUCACUGCACUGGCAAGCGUCACCGUCCAUGACUUUCUAAAACCGAUAUUUCCCUGGUCGGAAAAGACUUACGCUUACAUAUCCAUGGGUUUGGUAAUAUUUUACGGUCUUCUUCUAAUGCUGUUUGCUUACCUUGCCUCUAAACUUGGGGCAAUACUUCAAGCUGCUAUCAGCAUUCUCGGACUAUUAGGUGGUCCACUGGUCGGAUUGUUUAGCAUUGGUAUUCUUUUCCCAUUUGUCAAUUCAAUUGGCGCGUUAUGUGGCGUUGUCGUUGGAAUAGCUAUGAACGUCUGGGUGUUUGUUGGCAGCAAAUCAUAUCCACCGCCAGCGAAAUUCGCCAAUGCGCUUCCACUGAGCUGUGCAGUGAGUUCCAACUUCGUAGCAAACUCUUCACAAGCCAUGACGACGACAGCGUUUGGACAAUUAAUAAAUACGACAACUUUAAGUCCUGUUCUUGCACCGACACGUCCUCCAGUUGCUGAUUUGUACGCCAUGUCAUACCAGUACUACAGCGCUUUUGGUUUUUGCUUUGUAGUUGUUGUCGGAGUGAUUGUCAGUUUAGCAACAGGUGGUUAUAAAACUCGUAAAGAAGUUGACCCAAAGUUAAUUUACCGAUUCUUUGAUCAUUGGUUGUUUAAGUGGAUUCCUGAGAAAGUUCGAAGAAUGUUGUGGUGUGGAGUGCAUCAUGACAUAUUAAAACAACAAACAGAAAAGACUUCUCAUCUACAAGGAAAAGAAAAUGAACAGUAUCAAGUCGAUGAAUUUUAAACAAGAUACAGUAUGACGCAGCACAUCGCUUUUGCAUUUCAUUAGAUAACACCUAAGCUUUCCUUUUUACAUACCAACGCAGACUCUCUGUUUUACAAGUAAUAGAAAUACUCCAUUGUGAGUUUAAGGCCUAAUUUAAUAACAAAUUUCGCAUUUUUUAUUAAGCUUUUGACCAAAAUCUAUUUGGCUGACUGCUUAUUUUUGAGCAUGCUUAACAAAUGGACGUAACAUGCUGUGUAACGUAACAUUUUCCGUUAAAGUUUCAGCCACGUUGCAGUAACUGCCUACCGCUAUAGCACUUAUAACUUUACUAAUAUUUAAAACACUUUUUACUAGAAUGCGAAUAAACCAGUUAGUUACUAAAUGAACGUAAACUUGUUUUACAGCAAUAAAAAAACAACAGUUUCCAAGUAGCUGUUAACAGUAACAUUUCAAAUAGAGAACUGCCUCUCGAGGUUUUUACAAGGUCACUUAUGCAUGAAGUUUAAUUACUACGAGAGAGAAUGCAAAGAAAAAAUGGCUAGAUUUAGAAGCACGUGGAAUAAGGUUUCAAAACGUUUAUAUAAACACAACAAAUAAAGGCUUUGUUAACAGUUAUAUACGCAUAUUCAACAGAUAUGCUGAUCUCACUAUGUUUUAAACCACAAUUAACCAUGGCCUACUAUAUAUAGCAUACGGGCCUAUUAUACUGUAUAUAAUAUGAGCCCACCACUACAUAUAAAUACUUGGCCAUUAAUUAACAUAGGUUCGAUUGAGUAAAGAGGCAAAGCAGUUUCACAAUAUGGGUUUUAGAUUUAAGGAAUACCCUACAAAAGCAUUUAUUCAUAAAAAAAUACACGCUUUUAUACAGAAGAAGGACAUUUCACAAGUUGUUGUAAAAUCGAGGUGAAAUGUUGCUUUCAUAGUUGGAUCGGUUACGAACAUGAUAAACCGACCAUCCGUCCGCCUCCCUUUUAUAAUAAAGGCACCUUGGAAGUUCUUUUCUCUCUGUUUCAAAAUAAUGGCGUUAGAAAGAGAAUUCUAAUCUGAAACAGCUCUUUCGGCGAUUUAUUCUCAGCACCGCAUUUUCGACGUUUUUCGUCACCAUUGGAUGUGAACUUAGUUUAUUACGUCAGAAUAUUGAGCUGGCUUUAAAAUCUGUACAAAAUCUGUGUGCUCUUGUGAUUGGUCAGAUUGGUCACGUGACAGACGCCUCGCACUAGCUGAUUACGCCCGCCUUGAUUGCUCCGCGCAUAAAACGCCUGUUAUACAGAGCUAGUUCCAGUUUAUAUGAAGUUGGAUCCACAACAGGUUAGAAGUUAAAAGGUUUUAAGAUUUCUCGCAGGAUUUGAGUUAAGUACUAUUUCAUAAUACUAUUUACUUUAACAUAUAUAUUAUAUAUUAUUUCACUACAUUAUAUACAAUAUUAUUACGGUACAAGUUUUGUGCCUUGCGUUUAUUACUUUAU